GUAGUGUACCUCUAAAUGGAACUAAUUAAUAUUAUCACAAUGUUUUUUACAUGGAGUUUUUCUACAUCUAAGUCUGACUUCGAAAUAAAAGAUGUGAGCUGCAAAGAAAUCAUGAGAACAACAAUGGAUCGCAUAGCUCCCAUAUUUCUCUUUUUAUUGUUGAUUAUUGAUACAUCCACUGCAAUUGACACCAUAAACACAACUCAAUCCAUUAGAGACUGUGAUACUAUUCUUUCAGCUAAUGGAGCCUACGAGUUGGGAUUUUUUAGCCCGGGGAAUUCUGCAAACCGAUACUUGGGGAUAUGGUAUGGCAAAAUAUCUGUGAUGACUGUAGUUUGGGUUGCCAACAGAGAAACCCCACUUAAUGAUUCAUCAGGUGUUUUAAGGCUUACCAACCAAGGAAUUCUCGUCCUUUCCAAUCGGAACGGGAGCAUAGUUUGGUCUUCCGACUCAUCGCGACCUGCGACUAAUCCAGCCGCUCAACUUUUGGAUUCAGGAAACCUUGUUGUGAAGGAGGAGGGUGAUGAUAACCUGGAAAGCUCCUUGUGGCAGAGUUUUGAACAUCCAGGUGAUACAUUAUUGCCUGAAAUGAAGCUAGGACGGAAUAGAAUAACAGGGAUGGACUGUUACAUUACAUCCUGGAAGUCACCGGAUGAUCCUUCAAGAGGUAAUGUUUCAGAAAUUCUUGUUCCUUAUGGAUAUCCUGAGAUAAUUGUGGUGGAGAAUUCAAUUGUUAAGCACCGGUCUGGACCGUGGAAUGGUCUGAGGUUCAGUGGCAUGCCUCAAUCAAAACCAAAUCCUAAAUACUCAAUUGAAUUUGUUUUUAAUGAGAAGGAGAUAUUUUACAGAUAUCAUGUUCUCAGUAAGUCAAUGCCUUGGAGGGUCACGGUAACUCAGGGUGGUGAUGUCCAGCGCUUCACGUGGAUUGAACAAACACGAAGUUGGCUGCUUUAUCUCACCUUAAAUACCGAUAAUUGUGAGCAUUUUGCACUAUGUGGUGCAAAUGGUAUCUGUAGUAUCAACAGCUCUCCAAUGUGUGGUUGCUUGAAUGGAUUUGUACCAAAAGUUCAAAGCGAAUGGGAGUUGAUGGACUGGUCAAGUGGUUGUGUUAGAAGGACUCCACUGAAUUGCUCUGGAGACGGGUUUCAAAAGGUCUCGGCUGUGAAGUUGCCUCAGACAAAAACAUCAUGGUUUAACAGGAGCAUGAAUCUUGAAGAGUGCAAGAACACGUGCUUGAAUAACUGCAGUUGUACAGCUUAUUCAAAUUUAGAUAUCAGGGAUGGAGGAAGUGGAUGCUUGCUCUGGUUCGAUGAUCUGCUUGAUGUUAGAAUACUUGUUGGAAAUGAACCAGACAUUUAUAUAAGGAUGGCUGCUUCAGAACUAGAUAACGGUUAUGGUGCGAAGAUUGAAACGAAAGCCAAUGAGAAGAAAAGGAUCAUACUAAGCGUUGUGUUGUCUACAGGAAUUCUGUUCCUUGGCCUGGCCCUGGUCAUUUACGUUUGGAAAAGGCAUCAGAUGGAAAAUAGAAAAAUGACUGGUGUUUCGGGAAUAAGUUCAAAUAACAAGCACAAGAGCAAAGAUCUGGAAUUAUUGUUGUUUACAAUAGAUACCUUGGCUUCUGCAACAAAUAACUUUUCUCUUAACAAUAUACUGGGAGAAGGAGGAUUCGGAAAUGUUUAUAAGGGGACACUGAAAGAUGGACUUGAAAUAGCUGUGAAGAGGCUCUCUAAGAGUUCAAGACAAGGCCUCGAUGAGUUCAAAAAUGAAGUCAGGCAUAUAGUGAACCUUCAGCACCGGAAUCUAGUGAAGCUUCUAGGAUGCUGCAUUGAAGGAGAGGAAAAGAUGUUGAUUUACGAGUUCUUGCCUAACAAAAGCUUGGACUUCUUUAUUUUUGAUGACACACGGAGCAUGCUAUUAGAUUGGCCUAAGCGUUACAAUAUUAUCAUUGGGAUUGCUCGUGGACUCCUUUAUCUUCACCAAGAUUCAAGACUAAGAGUAAUUCACAGAGAUCUAAAAGCCAGCAAUAUUUUAUUAGAUUACAACAUGCACCCAAAAAUUUCAGACUUCGGGCUGGCGAGAGGUGUAGAAGGAAAUGAAACUGAAUCCCAAACAAAGAAAGUGGUGGGGACAUAUGGCUACAUAUCUCCAGAGUAUGCAUUCCAUGGACUCUACUCAUUAAAAUCAGAUGUCUUCAGCUUUGGUGUAUUGGUGUUAGAGAUAGUGAGUGGUCACAGGAACAGAGGAUUCUACCAUCCAGAUCACCAACUCAACCUACUUGGACAUGCUUGGACACUGUUUAAUGAAGGCAGGCCACUGGAACUGAUUGCGGAAUCGAUGAUUGAAACAUGUAAUUUAUCUGAAGUGCUACGUGUGAUUCAAAUGGGGCUAUUAUGCGUGCAAGAAAGUCCUGAAGAUAGGCCAAGCAUUUCGUAUGUGGUUUUGAUGCUAGGCAAUGAAGAUGAAUUGCCUCAGCCUAAACAGCCGGGUUAUUUUACUGCAAGGGACGUUAUUGAAGCGAGUAAACUACCAAGCCACAGCAAACGAUAUUCAACAAACGAAUGCUCGAUUUCACUGGUAGAGGCAAGAUAGAUUAAUUUUUGCGUAGACAUUCUACAUCUUGAAGCUGUAGUUUGCUUCUAAUCAAGUCUCACUGACGUUUCCUCUCAUCUACUUGGAUAGUAGGACAGCGUGUAUACUUGUUACAUUCGUAUGUAGAUAUAAUGUUUAAGUUAGUUGUUUGAUCAUUGCUUUCUGUAUGCAUGCAUGAAAUGUCAGUAAUUAUUUUCUUAACAAGAA